AUGUGCUUACAUUGUACAACAUGGAUAUCACAAGCAUCACAGUGGAUAACAAGAUCCAAUAACUCAUGGCCAAGUUAUAAUGUCAAACAAAGUAUUUUAAAGCACGGAGUACUUUUUGUACCAAUAGGAGUUAAGGGAUCACCAAAAGAGGAUAUAGAAUGGCGUAUUUCUUUUUCUGUUGGUGAAAAAUUUCUAAUAAAUACUUUAACACACAAUAUAAUAGGAAUCUACACCGAAUGUGAAAAUUUACUAUGUUCAUAUUUCUUGAAAACAAUUAUUUUCUGGAUAUCAGAGGAAUUACCACAAUCAAUAUGGAAACCAGAAAAUCUUAUACAUUGUUUCAUGCGAUGUUUUCGCAGACUGAUAUAUUCUGUUGACUAUUCAGUUUGUUUACAUUACUUCAUUCCAGAGAACAACAUGUUUGAGAACAAAAUAGAGGGACGCGCUCGCGAAAUACUGUUAGAGAAACUUUAUACCCUGCAUAUUUAUGAUGAGACAAAAGUCACAGAUAAUUGGCUAACUAUUGUUUGA